AUGCGUUUCUCUCUUGUUAAGCUCGCCACCUACGCUGGCCUCAUCCAGGCCGCGGCCGCUGCUGUCCCCGUCGGUGUCGCUAUCACCAAGUGCACUGUCAACAAGAACAUCGCCCUCACCUUCGACGAUGGCCCCUUCGACUACACCAACGAGCUUCUCGACCAGCUCAAGAAGUACGGCUACAAGGCUACUUUCUUCUUGAACGGCAACAACUGGGGUAACAUCAACAACUACAAGGCUACCGUCAAGCGAAUGAUCAGCGAGGGUCACCAGCUGGGCUCCCACACUUACAGCCAUCCCGACCUGGCCACCAUCACCAACGCCGCUGUCCGCACGCAAAUGACCCGCCUCGAGGCUGACUUCCUCUCCAUCGUUGGGAAAUGGCCUACCUACAUGCGUGCUCCUUACUUCAGCACCAACGCCAACACCCUCUCCGUCAUGAAGACUCUCGGCUACCAUGUCAUCGGUGCCGAUGUCGACUCCCUUGACUGGGAGUACAACACCCCUGCUGAGACCGACACUGCGCUUAAGCUGUUCAAGGCCGGUAUCACAAAGGGCGGCUCCAUUGCUCUCUUCCACGACGUCCACCAGAACACUGUCCGCAACCUCAUUCCCAAGGUCCUCGACGCCGUCAAGCGCAGCACCCGUAUCCCUGUUACUGUCGGCCAGUGCCUCGGCGACCCUGCUGCCAACUGGUACAAGACCACCAAGCGCACCAAGCGUGACCUUGAGGAGGAGACUGAGGAGGAUGAGACUGUCUCUGAGCGCUCUCUCUCCGACUUCAUGGAGCGAUCUCGUUUCCGCCGCCACGCUCACGCCGCGUAA